CUGGCUUCCGUGUACAGGAGAGACGACGGCUGCAGCUGAUACUUAUCACAGCAAGUGAAGUCUCUCCCUCCGUCCCUCCCACCCCUCGUGCAAGUGCUGCUUAUAUUGUAGCAGUGCAAAAAAAUUCAGAGACCAUGCAAUCAAGAGAAAAAAAAGAAGGUGGAAAUAUGGACUGGAACAGCACACUUGUCCUCUUAUUCAUCUUUUGUCUGACAUAUAUCAUCCUGAGCUUCAUGAAGUUAUAUAAGGAGAAAGCAUCACUACCGCCUGGGCCCAUGCCUCUACCAUUCAUCGGGAACCUUCUACAGAUCAACACAAAUGACAUUGUCAGCUCACUUAUGAAGCUAAAAGACAAGUAUGGACCUGUAUACACCCUGUAUUUUGGAACUAAACCAGGACUGGUUAUAUCUGGAUACAGUGCCGUAAAGGAGGCUUUGAUUGACCAAAAUGAUGUCUUUGGUGAGAGAGGGGACUAUCCUGUUUUCACGAACUACAUAGGCGAACAUGACAUGGCUUUCACCAAUGGUCAGCUGUGGACGAAACUCCGGCGCUUCAUUCUGCUCACGCUGAGAAACUUUGGUAUGGGAAAGAGGAGCAUAGAAGAAAGGAUACUGGAAGAGGCACAUUUCCUCCUUAAAGAGUUUGAGAAUACAAAGGGGUCUCCAGUGAACCCCGGCAGAUUCUUUGCACAAUCAGUUUCCAACGUCAUCUGCUCCAUCACCUUUGGAAGUCGCUUUGAUUAUAAUGACAAGAGACUUAAGGCCAUAAUUGAGAGCAUCAAUAAUAACUUCCAAGUAAUGAGCAGCACGUGGGGGACGCUAUACAACAUGUUUCCAGACAUCAUGCAAUAUGUUCCAGGUCCACACAGGACAAUAAGGAAAAACUUUGACGAUAUUUAUGAAAUCACAGAUGAAAUGAUCAAGAACCACGAGAAAACACUGGACCCGAACAAUCCUCGUGAUUAUAUUGACUGCUUCCUCAUCAAGAUGAAGCAGGAAAUCGAUGAACCAGACUCUGCAUUUUACCUUGAAAGUUUGAGGAGAACCGUUCAAAAUAUUGUCUUUGGUGGAACAGAGACAACCAGCACAACUCUCAGAUACGGCUUCCUGGUCCUUAUGAAGCACCCAGAGGUUGCAGAAAAAAUGCAGGAGGAAAUUGACCGAGUUGUGGGAAGAGAUCGAACUCCAUCCAUAGUGGACAGGAAUAAGAUGCCAUAUACUGAAGCAGCUAUCCAUGAGAUCAUGAGAUUUUGUGAUGUCAUACCUGUUGGUCUUCCUCAUCAAACCUCAAAGGAGACAGUCUUUAGAGGAUUCACCAUUCCAAAGGGCACUCCCGUCACUCCGAUGCUGCACUCUGUCCAUUAUGAUCCAAAUAAUUAUGCGGAACCAAACAAGUUCGACCCAAACAAUUUCCUGGAUAGCAAUGGUCGUUUUAAAAAGAAUGACGCACACAUGCCUUUUGCUGCAGGGAAGCGGAUAUGUAUUGGAGAAAGCCUGGCCCGGAUGGAGCUCUUCCUUUUCUUCACAUCUGUGCUACAGAAUUUCAACUUAAAGCCAGUGAUUGGGAAGGAUGAGUUAAGUGUCAAACCAACGGGAAGUGGACUGGGGCAUCUCCCUGCAAAAUACAAGUGUUGUAUUUUACCUCGCUAGUCUACUGGUCUCUCUAAAUUCUAGUCUGACCAUUUUAUUUCACCUAAUUCAAACUCCUGUUGAGAAUAAGCAUUAUCUUCUGUUUUUCAAAGCCAUUAUUUCAAACAGAGCUUUCAUGUUAGAUCUAUGCGAAUAAACAUCUUCAUUCAAUUACACUUCACCUGUCAGUUCCAAAAAUGAAGUUGUAAAAAUAAUAAAAGAGAAUAAACAAAGUAAUUAUUUAUAGCAAAUAUGUUGUUAAAAAAAUUAUUUUUUAAUUGAGUAAGUAAUGGGUAAGAGUACUUGCAACAUAUUGUUUAAUUAUAGAAAGAGAACACAUGUAAGUUUUGUGUGAACUGUGUAGAAGGGUGGUAAUUAACUAAAGUUGCUUAUGGAGGUUCAAUUGGUGGUUCAAUAAUUAAGUUUUUGAUGCAGCCAAAAUAAGUUCUUGGAGAAGGUAAUGAGUGGGGAUGAGAAACGUAGAUCUUUCACAAAGCUCUGAUGUCAAGCUGGGGGACAUUUUGGGAUCAAUGAAGACAUGCAUGUUUGUGCAGUUUUGUUAAUAGCCUUGUAUGUUAGUAUACGUGUUUUAUAUUGGAUUAGCUUUUGUCCUAGAUAUGGCAUAGUUUUUAUUGUGUGUUUUUUUCUCUCUAUUUCCUUUUAUUCCUCCUCUUCUCUAGUGUCUAUAUCAUCUCUUUAGUAAUCUCUGUAUCUUUUUCAUAUCCCCUUUCUUCCUGGAUUUGUAUUUUGCUAUUUAACUCUCACCCAUGUAUCUCCCAGCCUCCAUAUUCCUCAGACAUCCCCAAGGAUCUAUGUUUGAAUGGAGCUGUAAAGGCGUUAUAUCUGCAGAAAUGUGCUGUGCAUGUAAGAUUCAAUGUGCACACUUGCACCAAUUAAAUGACUGAAUUUUUAUUAGCAGUUAGUAAAAUAUAGGCAACCAAUGUAGAGACUGACAAAGUGGAGUAACAGUAGAAAAACAUUUUGUUGGGAAAAUAGUCUAGCUGCAGCAUUCAAAAUAGAAGGUAGGGGUGAAAAUCUAUUUAGGGGAAGACCAGUAAGGAUGUAAUUGUAUUAGUCAAUGUGGGAGAUACAGUAAAGCGUGCAUGAUUUAAAGUUUUGCAAUGCCUUGUGAUUUGGAUUCGAUUGAGACAACUUUAACUCUGAGUCAAGAACAAUACCUAGGAAGUGUUCUUGAGUUGUUCAGUAUGUUAUCAAGAUAACAACCCAUAGUUUAAAUUUAAAAAAAUGGAAAAGAUCCAGAAGACGUUUGUCUCUCUUAAAUUUUUUUGCUCAAAAGAACAAUGGUUUACUUUGAAUCUCUGAUGGAAGCCCUACUCAUGUUUCUAGUACAUAGAGAAGAAGGAAGGAAAAUAAAUUAGUGAUGAGAAUUCUAGAUCAAAUUUCUUCCAAAAUCAUACAGAGAACAUUUAUGGAACUCUUUUCCAGACUCAUCUCUCCCAUCUAUGAUCUAUGAUCAUGGCACUGGUUAAGGGCUACAUCAUAGCCAAUUGAUGGUAGAGAUGAGUCUGGAAGAGAUUUACUUUGAAUAACGGUGGACAUAAGGUUCUCAGAAAGAACAUUUGCUGUGACUUCUAUGUCCAGGCACGAGGGGAGACGCCAGUGAAUAGAGCCACCUUAAGAUGCCCAAAGAAACCUUUACAUGAACGUAUACCACCUUUUUGAGGUGUGUGCCCCAGAGGUUCCUUGUUGUAUGAUUUGGAAGAAAUCUGACCUAAAGAUAAGAGAGACAGCGCCUUCUGGGUACUUUUUCUAUUUUUUUUUUACUUGAUAUUGUACAUGAGCAACAGUGCGGCUCCGGAAAAGGACUAGGCAGCUAUCUUUGGCACACGUUUUAAACAUUUAUUUAUUUAACCCAUAAUUCAACACAGAUAUAAAUACCAGGAUUAUACCUUCUGUUGACUGGUGGAAAUAUUAUUAGUUCUAGUUUUGAAAGACUGAGUUUGAGAUAGUAAUUUGAACAUUUAUAAUGAAAUAGUAGAAACACAUUCCGUAAUUUACAGUACAGUAGGCCAACAUGAUUGGUGAGAGAUGCAGAGAGGGUUAAAAAAAUGUGGGUAAUAGCUCCAUUGAAAUGAAACUUAAAUCUGAAGUAUUACAUUUAUUUUUCAAGAGAAGUCGCAUAGAUAUAGAAAACCAAGGAUUGACCAGCAUAGCACCUGACAAGCAAAGAUUAGGAGGACUUUGUUAAGUAGAUAACCAGAGAAAGAGAGUGAGUGUAGGCAAGCAUCUCAAAAGGCUGGAAGUGGUAAGAUGCUGAAAGAUGUGAUGGUAAUCUGAGAAAGGUUAAAAUAAUGUUUUCUCAGAAUAGGAAUAAUCACUGCAUGGUUACAUAAUGACGGAAAGAUACUACUUAUGUGAGAAAGAUUAUAGAUUUUAGUCAAGUUUGGGAUGAGCACUGGAUCCAGGGAUUAAAUGAUGUGUGAGUACAGGAUUGAAAGUAUAGUAUGAAGCUGAGAAUAGAGUAGAUUUGGGAUCAAAUGAAGAGAAUGUGCCAGAGGGUCCAGGGAAGGAACUGAGAACGUUGCUGUCUGAAAAAAGAGGAUACCAUAACAUGUUGGAUCUUAUCGCCCUUGUACAGAUGUGUCCUUUCUCAGCUUGCUUUGUUUUGAGUAUGCACGUGCGCAUGCAUUGUGGCAAGCAACUAUUCACAGCCUCUUCACGUGUUUAGCUGCUAGUGCAUACACACCUUACAUUCCCUGUGGCAAGUGGGUGUGUGCACACAACGCACACGCCUGCUUGCGGGCACACUUUUUUGUGCUCGCAUUGCUGCAAUUGUGAAUAGUCACAAGCAGCAUGACAAGGGACACAUCUGUACUUCAAGAAGGAAGCAAGAUCUUGGGCAUUGAUGGUAAUCAGUUAGUUUGGGGAGGGAGGGAUCAGAAGAAAUUUGAAUGUAUUCAAAUGUAAAAAUGUUGGUAGGUUAGAUAAAUUAAACUUGAUGCUAGUAAUGUUUAAUAAACAGCAAAUAAGUCUAAGUCAUUAAUUAAAUAAUGCAAUCCAAGGUAGACCUGUUACCCAAUGACUUGGGUAUUAGUCUGUAGAAAAGUAAUUCCAUGCACACUCUAAGGGACACAUGACCACGUUCCAAAGGGUUGAAUGACAAAUUAAGAAGAAAUUAGCUUUAAUUUUUGGGUACAUGUUACUGCUUGCUUCAAAUCCUAUAAUCCAGCAAACAUGUUCUAUAAUCAGCAUUAAAAAAAUAGUAACCAGAAUACUUUUACUCACAUCACUCAUGUUGCACCAUAUAAUGUAGAUCUUUCAUCUGUUCAUUUCUGGGAGCCAGUGACUGCUUUACCCAAAGAUUUUAGAUGAUUACAUUUUAGUACAUCACUGAUAAUAAUUAAGCUAAUACCACUAGUUUCAUCCUCUUAGAGGGAGAAAAAAGAGUACAUUUACUAAUCACUUUUCAAAUAAUUGUAUAUAUAUUUUUUAUUACAGCAAAACUAGAAACAUCAGUUACACUAAUUAAGAGAGACAACUAGAACAGUGAAAAGGUAUCGGGUCCAUAAGUAAACAGUAGAGAGGUUGACAGUCAACAAGUUGAUACCAUAUAAUUAAUAUGCAUAUGGUUGACAUGGCUGAAAGGUUGACAGGUUCAAAUGGUCAACAAGAGACUGGUCAACACCGCAUAUGAUCGACAUGAGUUUUUUUUUAAAUGUAUGCAUUUUUUAAACUUUUUCAAACUCUAACCAUCCACGUGGGCUACGAUUGGGAAUGCUAACUUUGCCUGAGAGCCAAGCCAGUCAUGUGAGAGGACGCGGUAUACUAAUUGCGGUUUCAUGUGACACCUCAAAAACACCAAAAACUUGUGUCAACCUUUUCAUGUGCAACAUAGGCAACAGAUGCAAGAUAUUAAUAAAAUCUAAUUCACAGUAUUUUUCCUUACAUAGCCAAAUAGUAAAAAAAAUUUUUUUAAUAUGUAUACUGCAGCAGGGGUUCUCAACUCCAGUCCUCAAGUAUUACCAAUACCAACAAGUCAAGUUUUCUAGAUUUCUUUAAUCAUGUACAUGUGAGUGAAUCUUUUUAACUAGGUCUGUAAUUAUACCACCUGUUUUCAGUGACAGGAAUACUAAAAACAUGACCUAUUGGGAAAACUUGAGGGUUUAGCUUGAAAACCACUGCUUGCAUUGCUUUCUGGAGAAAGUUAAUCAUGUUGAGUUGAUGAACUAAGAUGAUAUGAACCAAGAUGAUAUGUUCCUUAAGUGGGAUACUUUGUAUUGUCUUACUUUGUAAUAUUCUUCAAUAAAAUACAUUAUAUUAA